GUCAGGUUUUGUGUCCCUCAGUCUAUUGAGAGAGAGAGAGAGAGAGAGAGAGAGAGAGAGAGAGAGAGAGAGAGAGAGAGAGAGAGAGAGAGAGAGAGAGAGAGAGAGGGAGAGAGAGAGAGAGAGAGAGAGAGAGAGAGAGAGAGAGAGAAGCGUAUGGUGGGUGGGUUGGUGGGUGUUACUGUAUAUAUAAAGCUGCCUCCCAGUCGUGGGCUCCCCAUUAGUGCAGUAGGGUUUUUUUUCUCCAGGCUUGUUGUGUAGUGUUGUGUAGUGAAGUGUUAUAGAGAUAUACACUUUAUUUAUCCCCAAGGGGAAAUUCGGUGUUGUGCAGUGCAGUGUGUGGUGCAGUGUAGUUGGGUUGACUAGUACAGGGUCAGGUUGGUGGUGGGUCUUGGGUCUGGUUGUGGCUGGUCAGGAUGAAGCUCCCCUGCGUUGGCUCCUGUGUUCUGCUGCUGGUGCUCUGUUGUUUCCUGGAGCCGGUGAAGCCGUCUGCCUAUGACAAGAUCGUAUCGCACAGCCGCAUCCGGGCCAAGAAAGAAGGGCCCAAUGUGUGUGCUCUCCAGCAAGUCAUGGGGACCAAGAAGAAAUACUUCAGCACAUGCAGGAACUGGUACAAGGGAUCCAUCUGUGGCAAGAAGACGAUGGUUCUGUAUGAGUGCUGUCCAGGCUACAUGAAGCUGGAAGGCAUGCGUGGCUGCCCUGCAGUGGCUCCCAUAGACAAUGUCUACGGCACCCUGGGCCUAGUUGGGGCCACGACCACACAGAGGUACUCUGAUAUGUCCGAGCUUCGUCCAGAGAUUGAGGGCCCUGGCUCCUUCACCAUGUUUGCUCCGAGCAAUGACGCCUGGGCGGCUCUGGAUGAGACUGUGAGGGCACGACUGGAGAGCAAUGUGAACAUCGAGCUGUACAACACCCUUCAUUUCCACAUGGUCAACAAGCGCCUCCUCACCAAGGACAUGAAAAACGAACUGACCGUCAAGUCUAUGUUCAACGGGCACGGACUGCGUCUUAACCACUACUCAAACGGAGUUGUGACGGUGAAUUGUGCCAGGAUCAUUCAUGGAAACCAGGUGUCGACCAAUGGAGUGGUGCAUGUCAUCGAUCGGGUCAUCAGGAUGGUGCAGGACACCAUUCACAAUGUUCUUGACAGUGAGGAAGAGCUCUCCAGCCUCAGGACAGUAGCAGAGGUUUCAGGUUUGAUUGACACCUUGAAGCAACCCGGCCACUACACCCUCUUUGCUCCCACUAACGCUGCCUUCGACAAAGUUGGAGGGGAUGUCAUGGAGAGACUCAUGAGCGACAAGAAUGUCCUCAAAGCUCUGAUGAAUUACCACCUGCUGAACUCAGUGCAGUGUUCGGAAGCCAUCAUGGCGGGAUCUGUCUAUGAGACCAUGGAGGGCAGCACGAUCCAAAUUGGGUGUGACGGUGACAGCCUCACAGUCAAUGGCAUCAAGAUGGUGUUGAAGAAGGACAUAGUGACAACCAAUGGUGUCAUCCAUCUCAUCGACCAGGUCCUCAUCCCAAAUUCAGCCAAGCUGGUUAUGGAGCUGGUGACUGAGAGCACCUUCAAGGACAUGGUGAAUGAGCUUGGGCUGGCUGCGGCCAUGCAGGCCGAUACCGAGUACUCCCUCCUGGCCCCUCUCAAUGGAGCCUUCACAGAAGAGGUGAUGUCACUGGAUCAGCGUGUUCUGAGGACCAUCCUGGAGAACCACAUCCUGAAGCUGAAGGUGACCCUGAGCGAGCUCUACAACGGACAGCAGCUGGAGACACUGGGUGGGAAACUCCUCAGGGUGUUCAUCUACCGAACAGCUGUGUGCAUUGAGAACGCGUGUAUGAGUCAGGGCGGUAGGGAGGGCAGCAACGGAGCUCUGCACCUCAUGAGAUCCAUCAUCAAACCUCCACAGACCAACAUGUAUGAACUUCUAGUGGCAGACGGACGUUUCAAGAAAUUCUUAGUACUGAUGGAGAAGGCAGAUUUGGUGGAGCUUCUCAAACAGGGUGGGGCAUACACACUCUUUGCCCCCACAGACGAUGCCUUUGAGGCACUGACUGAAGAGGACAUGACUUACCUUACAAGUGAUGUCAAUGCCCUCAGAACAAUCCUGCUGUACCAUUUUAGCAAUGGCAUCUUCAUCAAUGGUGGACUUGAGCGAGGAGUCACAAAUCUUCUCAAGAGUAUCCAAGGAAACUAUCUUCAGCUGGUCUCCGUGAACAACUCGAUCAACGUGAACUCCAUUAACGUGCCCGACAGUGACAUCAUGGCGUCUAAUGGAGUGGUCCAUGUGGUGAAGACCUUGCUUUAUCCCGGAGAUCUGCCUGUUGGAAGUCAAGACCUUCUCGUUCUGCUCCAGAAGCUGAUUAAGUACAUAACGAUCAAGUUUGUAUCUGGAUACACGUACCGUGAAAUUCCCCUUACUUUCCUCACAAGGACAAUUACUAAAACUACAGUUAUUGAAACAGUUCCCGAAAUCACAAAAGUUACCCGCGUCGUCGAGACUGAUCCGACCAUCACCAAGGUGACCAGGGUCAUUGAGCCGGUGGUCAUCGAAGGAGAGCCCACCUUUACCAAGGUCACUCAAGUGAUCGAAGGCGAGCCGACCAUCACCAAAGUCACCAGGGUCGUGGGAGGCGAGGGCACCCUCAACGUCCCCAUCGUCGUAGAAGGCAAUGCCACCCUCACCACGGUCACCAGAGUGGUCCAAUCGGAACCCGUUGUUACAAAGGUCACUCGAGUGGUCGAGUCCGAGACACCUAUCACCACUGUAAGGAGGGUGAUUGAAACAGACCCAUCCAUCACCAAGGUCACGAGGGUCGUUCAAAGUGAACCGUCCAUCACCAAGGUCACGAGAGUCGUUCAAGGUGAACCAUCCAUCACCAAGGUCACCAGAGUCAUUGAAACCCAUACAUCCUCUGAUGGUGAGCUAGAUGCUGAUGGUGAACUCAGGAGGCUCAUUGAAGAAGAAGUUUCCAAGGUAAAGAAGGUUCUGGAAAGCGAGGUACACAUCCUCCAGGAGGAGGAGAUCAAACGAAUCAUAGAGGGAGGUGGUCCUGGAGUCACAACUCUCACCAAGGUGAUCCAGACAGAACCACGAAUUAUUGAAGGCCCAGAUUUCUCCAAGCUCUCCUCAUUCCAAGAUAACCCUGAGCUGAUUGAUGCAGAGUCAGAGAAAAUUACCAAACUCAUCCAGGAGGGAGGAGGAAUGACCCGAUCGCAGGCUAAAAGAGCACCAGGCAAACAGGCGGGAAUGAAGAGGAGAAAACUGGUCCGACGCCACCCAAAGAUCAAACAACAGACACAGUAAAGUCUACACAGUCCGGCGGCUUCCUUGCACACACACACAGACACACACAUACACACAGAUACACAGACACACAGACACAGACACAGACACAGACACAGACACACACACACACACACACACACACACACACACACACACACACACACACACACACACACACACACACACACACACACACAGUAAGUUAAUGGGAUUGUGACAUUUCUAUGGACAUUUCCCGAAUGCUCCCUUGAAUGAGGUAGCGGGGACGAUUGACCUUGACCUUGAUGACAUGUGAAUGGACUGAUCUCAAUAUACAGUACCUGCAACCUGAAAGAACAUGGACUGAGGCGCAUCAAUGUCAAAAAAAUGCAAAAUAUAUAUAUAAUACAGCGGUUACGACAUGUAUUUAAAAUGUUUAUAUAAAGUGGAGUUUGACAUUCCAUUGGUGUGUGGUCUUAGAGGGAUUAUGUGAGUUAUCUUGAACUGCCCAUGCUGUUUUUUGUUUUGUUUUUGUUUU